ACAUCAUAUUGCUACUGAAUUUGAAAUUUUUAUCCGUUGCGAUGCGCGAAUACCGUGCCGAGCGAUCGGUUGUCCUGGUUUUACGUCUUGUUGAAUUACUCGGUUAUCUUGAGCCCGCAUGAAUUAAAUCGAAUUACUUUCCACAGCAAUAGGAUGGAAAAUGUCCGUAAAAGUAAGGAAACGGCCGAAGAUUUAUUCUUCAAGUUUAUGGACGCUCAAGACUGUCCAGAAAUAACGAGCACCUUUCGAGAACUUGUCAAGCUUCUUGGAAUCAAAGCGGACAAUCCGCGCGAGUUUUAUUCGCAGCUUAAAGGAAAACUUCAAUCGUGGAGGUGCAAAUCACUGUGGGAACUGUUAGACAGUCGGGCUAAUCAGAAGGAGUAUGGAAAAGGAAAAAUAUGCGAAGACACUCAUGUGUUAGUCAUCGGCGCAGGUCCUAUCGGCUUGAGAACUGCGAUUGAAGUCGCCUUGCUUGGAGCAAAAGUUGUGAUUGUGGAGAAGAGGGAAUCUUUUGUACGAAAUAAUGUCCUUCAUUUGUGGCCUUUCCUACUCACGGAUUUCCGUUCACUCGGUGCAAAGAAAUUCUACGGAAAAUUCUGUUCAGGUUCCAUCGAUCACAUCAGUAUUCGCCGGCUCCAAGGGAUUCUUCUCAAGGCUGCGCUCAUUUUUGGCGCGAAACUGUACACUGGCGUCAUGUUUGAUCACGUGAUAGAACCAAACUCACUGGAAGAUGGAUGGAAGUGCAAAGUGUCUCCCGAGUCCCACCCCGUCAGUAAAUACGAAUUUGAUGUUCUUAUUGGAGCUGAUGGGAAGAAGAACGUUAUUCCUGGUUUUCAACAGAUUGAAAUGAGAGGUACACUCGCUAUUGGCAUAACGGCAAACUUCGUCAAUCACUGCACAGAAGAAGAAGCAAACGUUGAGGAAAUUAGCGGCAUUGCGUAUCAAUUUAAUCCACAGUUUUUUGAUCUGCUGUUAGAAGAAAAAGGAAUUAAGCUUGAAAAUAUUGUUUACUACAAAGAUGAAACACACUACUUUGUUAUGACAGCUGGGAAAGCCAGCUUACUCAAAAGAGGAGCUCUUAAACAGGACUUGAGCCCUCCAGUCAAGCUUCUUGCUCCAAGUAACAUUGACCAAUCUAAACUACUGGAAUACGUAACAGACGUGGUGAAGUAUGCUACAAAAGGUACACUGAAGAAUCUCGAGCUCAAGAUUGUAGGCAAUAAUCAACCAGACAUUGCUGCGUUUGAUUUCACGUCGAUCAAGAAAGCUGAACAUGCUGCAAGGAUCAUUGAAAGGAAAGGAAGCAGACUUUUGGUGGGUCUGGUGGGAGACAGUUUGUUGGAGCCUUUUUGGCCAACAGGCUCUGGCUGCGCCCGCGGUGUUUUGAGCGCACUGGAUGCGGCAUGGACGAUUCGCUCAUUCGCGCAGGACAAGCCACCGCUUCAGAUUCUCAGUGAGAGAGAGAACAUCUACCGUCUGCUGUCAGGAACCAGUGCGGAGAAUCUUCACAAAGAUCACGCUAAAUAUACUAUCAACCCAAGUACCCGGUAUCUACACAUCACUCACAAGCGGAUCCGUGAGGUUUAUCACCUGUUUGAUACUGAUGAUCCUGUAAACGCUGACUUUAGCAUUGGAAGUCCUCAGACAGAAGUCUUGAACAAAGCCUCUCGCAGAAGAAAGAUCAGCACCGGAGCGAAGUUUACCUCAAAUAAAGGUCGGAAGCGUGGCCGAGCAAGUUCUCAUCUUGCUGCAGACGUUGCGGGAAAUAGAAUACGAUCAACGUCAGGAUCUAGCAUGGAAAACCUGGUGUCACACAAGCCACUUUCCUCAACACGCUCCGUUCCGCUUGACAGCAAAGUUCGUGCGCAUACGUUAAGUUCGGUUGGAAGCGACGACGAAGUGUUCCAAUCGAAAACAAGGCGGGUAAGAAUCAAACCUUCAGCAGGACGGAGGAGAAGCUCCACAAUAGAUAGUUCAGGCGACGAGCUCAAUGAUAAAAGAAGAAAGACAACAACAAGGAAAAGUCUAUCGAAAGAGAAUUCGGAGGGUGUGAAGGAAAAUACACGUCGUAAGAAAGGAGGAUUUUUUGGGUUUGGGAAAGGGAAAGCAAAACAUAAGACUCCGGUGGACUCGGAUUAUCACUCUGAUAAGGAUAAUAAAUUGUUUAAAGGGAAACAUGGAGAUGAACACCAACAAAUGGAGAGAAAGUUUGGAAACGGAGUCACUCUGAAGAGUGUUCAACCAAGAGAGGACGAAAAGAAGAACUUCGCACGAGAAGACUCGGAGAGAAGGCGUCCCGCGGGUUCAUUUUCCCGAGAGCAAUACACAAGACGGUCAGCUCGGGACAUCAUUAGGGAAAUGGAGGCAAGAUCAAAAGGUGAGACUGGUACAAUUGAAAAUACAGGCAAUGGGAAGGUUACAGGGAACGCGUUUGACGCAAAUGUCCAGGAAAAUCACGAAAACGAUCAAAAUAGCAAAGAAGGAGAGAAAAAUGGAAAGCAUAAAGCUGACAAUAGGAAAGUGGAAGAAAAGGCAAAGAUUAAGAAAGAAGACGAGAAAAAGAAGCACAAGGAGGAAGAAAAGAAAAGAAAGGAAGGAGAACGAAAGAAAAAAGAUGAAGAG